GGCCGACUCCACCCUCCGGGGCGGGACAAGCGGGGCCCAAAAUGGCGGCCAGCCGCUACCGGCGUUUCCUUAAGCUCUGUGAAGAAUGGCCAGUGGACGAGACCAAACGGGGCCGGGACUUGGGCAGUUACCUGCGGCAGCGGGUAGCACAGGCCUUUCGGGAGGGAGAGAACACCCAGAUUGCAGAGCCUGAGGCCUGUGAUCAGAUGUAUGAGAGCUUAGCACGACUCCAUUCAAACUAUUACAAACAUAAGUACCCUCGCCCCAGAGACACGAGCUUCAGUGGCCUCUCUGUGGAAGAGUACAAGCUGAUCCUGUCCACAGACACCCUGGAAGAGUUUAAGGAUAUAAAUAAAGGCAUAUGGAAGAAACUGCAGGAGAAAUUUAGCCCCAGAAGUCCUGAGGAGAAGCAUAAGGCCUGGGCUCAGUCCUUAUCUCGCCCACGUACCUAAGCGUGGAGUCUUGUAUGUUGCCAUCAUAAAUAAAACUGCCCCGAUUUCCCCCUGGCCUCCUUGGGAAUCUCAUCUAGCCUCCUCAGAAAGGAAGCCCUUAUUGCUCAAAAGAAUGCUUCAGCUUGAGAAGAGAUGCCAUUAAGCAUCCGCCCUGCCCUCCAGCUAGGGCAGGGAAGUCUCCCAGAGGGAGGAAACACUGCACUCUGCCUGGGCCUGAGAAGGGAAGGUGACAGGGCCUCUGGACAAGGUGCUUCCUGCUCAGCCACGGGAGCCCCACCUGUCAACAGGGGUCUGGCUGGCUUCUGGCAAGAUUCUCCAGCUCCCUUUUGUUGUAGGAGCUCCUGGGAGAUAGCCAAAAAUAGCAGUAAAUAUUGAAGAAGGCAUCCUGUCGCAAAUAGAUAGCAGAAGGAGGGAGGUACAGCAGACAUGAGAAAAGCCUGCUUGGCCCUCAUUUCCCUGACUCAGAAGGAUGGAGCUUGGUCCUCUGCCCCUGGCCUUGCAGAAAACAUAUGUUCCAAGUUGUUUUAAGGUACAGAGAAGAGCUGCAGACAGGCCUUGGCCAGUGGGGGCCUUGGGUUGCGGUGGUUUCAGCAUUCUGGGCGGGUUCUUUGGAGGUCACAGGACAGGGGCUCGCUGGCCGGGGACAUACACAGGGUCACCUUAUUAUUCCAUGAAACCUUAGCUCUUACUAGUAGACCUUCACAAUUCAUUCUUGAGCUUUCUUGUCAAAAACCAGGCUGGGGAGUGGUGGGGCAGGGAUCAACAGCACCCCUCAUGGAGAAGUGGAAAUGGGUUCUUCAUCUCAUUUGUACCUGGACUCCUCUGUAUGUCUUGGAAUGCAUAUAAUAAAAUACACAGGAUUAUGACAUAAA